GUUGCUGUGAGUUGUAGCUGCAGGACAAAUAUGGGUAUUUUGACCAUGAACCCAUUUUGGACCCUUUCCAUCACGGAGUACUCUUCUCAUUGCUUCAACACAAAAUCCUGGGACGGCUUGCCGCAGGCCAAGGGAUUCCUCAUUCCCAAACUCAAAAUGGGUCACGACUGUCCAGUGUGCGGCAAGAAGAAUAAGUGGGCGUCCAGUCUGACUGUGCACCUGCGGACCCACACGGGGGAGAAGCCUUUUGAGUGCACGGUUUGCAACAAGAAGUUCAGCCAACGUAGCCAGCUCAAACCGCACCUCCGAAUCCACACAGGAGAGAAGCCCUUCGAGUGUAAGGUUUGCAACAAGAAGUUCACCGAAAGUGCCAGCCUCAGAGUGCAUCUCCGGACCCACACUGGGGACAAGCCCUUUGAGUGCACGGUCUGCAACAAGAGGUUCAGCGAAGGUGGCGACCUCAGAAAGCAUCUCCGGACCCACACAGGAUACAAGCCCUUUGAGUGCACGGUUUGCAACAAAAAGUUCAUCGAAAGUGGCAAGCUCAGAGUGCAUCUCCGGACCCACACAGGAGACAAGCCCUUUGAGUGCACGGUCUGCAAUAAGAGGUUCCUCCAUGGUGGCAAUCUCAGAGUGCAUCUCCGGACCCACACAGGGGACAAGCCCUUUGAGUGUACGGUCUGCAAUACGAGGUUCCUCCAUGGCGGCAAUCUCAGAGUGCAUCUCCGGACCCACACAGGAGACAAGCCUUUUGAGUGCACGGUUUGCAACGAGAAGUUCAGCCAAGGUGGUAGCCUCAGAAAGCAUCUCCGGGCCCACACAGAAGACAAGCGCUUUGAGUGCGCGGUUUGCAGCAAGAGGUUCCGGCAAAUUUCUCAUCUGAAAACGCACCUGCGAACCCACACUGAAGGACACGAUUUGAACAUCCAGUUGGCUAAUGGAAGUUAAGUCAAGAUGGCAGCAGUCUCAACUGCGCACUCUCGUUGAGGAAAACCGGCAGGCUGUAUUUUUCCGGAAGACGAUUACUUAGCGGCAGGCCUAAGUGUACCGGUUGAGACUGUUCGCGAGGCGCAUAACUAAGACAUUUAGUCCGAAUUUGUUAAAUGUUAGGAAAACUAUCCGUGUCUCAAUCUUUUGUCAUUUACAAGCUUAUAGGUUUUUUCUCAUUGUUAGAUGUUAAGUGGGAAGUCAUUUAAAACAAUAGGACUGGGCUCUGGAAGUCUUAGGCUCUCAUUUGAAAAUGAUUUUAUUUCCUAUUCGAAUACAUGACAAUAUGUGAAUUUGACUUUCCGUCUCUGAAAUAUGACUCGUUUGUUUUAAGCACGCUUUCGUUGAUCUUUGGAAGAUGGCAUGGAUUGAUUGAUUCUGGUCAACGAUUCAUAAGUUUUCUCUCAAUUUGACUCUGUUGCACGUUUAAUGAUGUUACUUGUAUGCACUACUGUUUUUGCCUCUAUAUUGAAUAAAAAAAGUAUUAUUGA